AUGCGAAAGCAUCUGCGUCGAGAUGGAAAAUAUUUCAAAAAUUGGCAGAACAGAGAAAGUCAAAGGAAAGUUUUAAAAUAUUAACGAAAAAAAAAUUGAAUAAUUCCGUAGAGUUUGGCAACCCUGAACUUGCAUCCCCAGGACCCAAGGGAGUUGUUAACAAUGGUACUCAGCCACGAUCCUUCGCUGCUAUAGCGAGUGGUAGUAAUGAGGACAAUGAGCAAAUUACUAUUGUGAGUGUUAUUGAUUGUGAACAAAGCCAAGGACAAAUUAAUACAGUUCUAGUUAAUGAUGAUGAAAGUAACAAAGGCGAGAGCGUAAAUGACCCGGGACCGCCGUCGAAUAAUACUGAUUGUUCAAAACAAAGUGAAAUAAUUAGAAGUUCAAAAACAAGUGAAAAUAAAAAUGAAGAGAGUUUAGCUGAUUCAAAGGAGUUUAUUGGCGUGGAACGGCGCAACACAAAACGAUUGUAUCUAGGUGGUGUUAAAGACGGGGUCCAAGCGAGCACUAUAAAAGAAUUUAUGCAGGGAAAAGGCGUUCAGCCGACUGUCGUACGAAUGAUGAAAAGUCGGCAAAGUGGCAACGUUGCUGCGCGUAUAAAUGUCAGAGCUUUAGAUAUUAAGGAGAUUCUUAAACCAAAUUUUUGGCCGAAAAAUGUAUACGCAAGGGAACGGCUCUCCAAAGAUAAAUGGGAAAAACGGUCAGUGAAAUCUGACAGAGAUCCAUCCAGAGAACCGCCUGCAUAA